AUGAAGCAUCAGCACCGAGCUGGAGGAACUCUGACGCCAAUCCUCCCCGGACCUCCGCCCGCUCCUCCUCCUGUAUUCCUUGAGCCGUCCAAUGGUCAAUGUAGCGACGACUCCCAGUCAUCCAGAGCACCAACCAAGCCAAAACGCUCAGCAAUCAGCAUCGCGUGUGAGAAUUGCAGGCGACGGAAAGCCAAGUGCAAUGGCUCCAAGCCAGUGUGUAGGCGCUGCCAGAGCAGAGGGGAUGAAUGCGUCUAUGAAUUGGACAGAGGCAAGGCAUUAACCACCGUGCUCAAGCAGAAGCAGGGUGACUUGAUGCGGGAGAAUGACCAGUACCGGCAGCUCUUCCACCUCUUGCGGUCUAAACCCGAGAUCGAGGCGUUGGAAAUGCUACAGUUUAUCAGAGAAGCGAGUGAACCCGAAAUCAUUCUUGAGACUGCGAUGCAAACCGAAACACUUCUCCCGAACCUGUCCUCGACAGACUUGGACCGAGUCUCUCAAAUGCAACGACUGGAUUGUGAGGCCCUAGCUGCCAGCGCCAUCCAAGUUCCAGCCCGACCCUGGACAGUUGUUGUAGGUGACGGCCUGGUUUCCGAGCUUAUAACCAAUCUUUUCAGUUUGAAUGGAACAUACUUUUACCCCAUUUUCAACCAAACCGCAUUCAUCGAGGACAUGCGGUCUGGGAAUAUAGAUGGCCCUGGAUACUGCACCCCGCUGCUUGUCAAUGCCAUCUGUGCGGUGGAAAGUAACUUCUCGCAUACCGCAAGGCAAUUUGAGGACAUGACUAGACAGAAUCUUCCAGAUCGGUUCUUCGAAGAGGCUAAGGGCUUGUUGGAGCGAGAACAAGGUCGAGCAUCGAUCCCAAACGUCGUCGCCCUCGUCUUUAUGUACGUCGCCAUGUCCAUUACGGGCAAAGACAGGGCGGCUCGAAUGUACCGUUAUGCGGCAUACGCACUCCUCCACCGACUUUCACUGGAGGAAAAGUUUCUGUGUCUUGAGGCUACGCCUGGUGGUGAAGUGGAAAUGGAUAUUAUUAGUCGCGCUCUUUGGGGACUAUUCGUUAUGGAGAGUCGCAUUGCUUUUUACUAUUCGCAGCCAUCUAUUCUACCUGUACCGAGGGUCCCUAAACCAGUCGAAACACCUGGCAUGGGCAAUGUCGACGUUUUGGGUCAUUUACACACCGAGUCCUCUGGCACUAUCCCCUUGGUUCCAGGUGUAAACACUGUAAAUUGCGAUCUGACAGAGCUUUGGAACGAAGUAAUGUUGUACACUUGCGACCACGCCAUUGUAGGCAGCGAUAACGAUUUACGCAUUCGCAAAACAUAUUACUGCAAAUUAUUGGACUACAUGGCACAAUUGCCACCAAGAUUUCACUUCAAGAAUAACCUAGCCCCAACAACCUGUCUAGUAAGGAUGCACGAAACGGAAAUCAUCUUCACAAUCCUCCGAGACCUCCCCCUAGAUACACCAUUCCACACCCUCUACAAUCACCCUGGAACAACUGCCAAGGACAUUCUCCGGCAACGCUGUGUCGCUGACGUCGAGCUCCUCCAGUGUUAUGUACAGAAUUGGAAAUCACUAGAUUGUCUGGUAUCACGGCAUGCACACCUGUGCCUGCACAUUCUUAUCCCUAUGCUCGAAGAUCCGGUUGUCCAUUCGUCAUUUGCGACAGCCUGCAUGAUUACACAGCAGGCUUCAACCAACAUGAAGGUCAUGGGAUACCUACUACAGGCGGUACAGACAUUUGCGUGGGCGAUGAAGAAGAAGAUCCCCGAGUCUGCGAAGCCGUUCCUUCAAGGCUGGGGUGCCAAGGCAAUCGAGCCGGAUUUAUCAAUGGGAUAUGUGUUGCCGCAGCAGGAUGAAGUUAGGGACGCCUUUGCGCGGGGAAGUCUUUCGAGCUUAGAGGAUAUGGAGAAUCAACUCGGAGUUAUGAUUGAGAGGUGGGGUAUGAUGCAAUAG